GGAAGCUGACAGUCAGGGCCAUCUCCUGGACUGAAUGCAAGAAGGCAGACUGAGGUGGGAUACCUCCCUUGCGAAUCUGGUAUUUUCCCAGCAAUAUCUGCACAUUGCAACUAAUGUUCCAUCCAGUUCUGUGUUUGGCUUUGGUGAACAUCAACAUCCAUCCUUUAAGCACAAUAUGAAUCAUAUUGCCUAUGGGAUGUAUACUAAAGACCAGUCACCUAAAAUGUAUGCAAAUCUGUAUGGAGUCCAUCCUUUUUACAUGUGCAUAGAGAAGGAUUCAAAUACCCAUGGUGUGCUCUUCCUCAAUUCUAACGCUCAAGAUGUCACUUUGUGUCCAGAGCCAUCUUUGACCUUCCGUACCAUUGGAGGGGUUCUUGACUUCUAUAUCUUCCUUGGCCCAACCCCUGAAAAUGUAAUCCAGCAAUACACAGAGACUAUUGGACGCCCACAUCUUCCUCCUUAUUGGUCUCUGGGGUAUCAACUCUCACGAUGGGGAUAUCCCAACAUUGGAGCAGUAGAGAAAGUUGUGAGGCGCAUGGAGCAGUAUGGCAUCCCAUAUGAUGUCCAGUAUGGAGACAUUGAUUACAUGGACCGUCAGCUGGACUUCACUUAUGACAAAGACAAUUAUGCUGGCCUACCAGAAUUCAUUCAAGAACUGAAGAAGGAUGGAUUACAUUAUGUUAUUAUUCUGGAUCCCUUCCUAAGUAAAGAUCAAUCUAGAGGGACUUACCAACCCUACGAACUUGGAGAACAAUUAGGAAUUUGGGUGAACAAUUCAGAUGGAGUGACUCCAGCUGUUGGAAAGGCCUUGUCUCCAGGAAAUUCAGUGUACCCUGACUAUUCCAACCCCAAAACAGCUGACUGGUGGACUCAGAUGUGUGUUCAGUUCCAUAAUGUCCUUCCUUAUGAUGGAAUUUGGAUUGAUAUGAAUGAACCAUCUAAUUUUCUCAAUGGCCAAAUCUCAGGCUGUGCUCACAACAAUCUCAACUAUCCUCCUUAUGUUCCCAGAAUUUCUGAUUAUUCUCUGUUUCAAAACACACUAUGUCCAGAUUCUAAAAGUUUUUUGGGAGAUCUUUAUGACACACAUUCCCUCUUUGGAUGGUCAGAAGCUGCACCAACUUUCCAGGCUAUCAAGGAAGCUACAGGAAAGAGACCAUUUGUGCUGAGUCGCUCUACAUUUGUGGGAAAUGGAAAAUAUACAGCACACUGGCUAGGGGACAACCAUGCUGUGUGGGAAGAUAUGCACAUGUCAAUAAUUGGAAUUUUGGAAUUCAAUCUCUUUGGAAUUCCACAAGUUGGUGCUGAUAUCUGUGGCUUUUACUAUGAUACCACCUUGGAACUCUGCUUGCGUUGGACACAGCUUGGUGCAUUCUAUCCAUUGUCCAGAAACCAUAAUGCAAUUGGUCAGAAGGAACAAGACCCUGCAGUGUUUGGGAUUGAAUUUGCCGCAAUUGCACGAUCAACACUGCAGAUUAGAUACUCCCUCUUGCCAUAUUUAUACACCCUGUUCUAUGAAGCUCAUGCCUUUGGAAAUACAGUGGCCCGAGGGUUAAUGCAUGAGUUUACAGCUGAUCCUGAGACCCAUGGAAUAGACACAGCUUUUCUUUGGGGAUCUGCACUUAUGAUUGCUCCCGUUCUUCAAGAGGGAGCAAGAUCAGUGGAUGUGUAUUUCCCAGAAGCACCCUGGUUUGAUUACUAUACGGGUGAUAAAGUACCCGCCUCGUCGCAUAAUAAGUAUGCCAGCAUUCAUGCCCCACUGGAAAAGAUCCCACUGUUUAUCCGAGGAGGAUAUAUUUUGCCAACACAAACACCAGCCACAAGAACUGCUAAGAGUCGCCUGAAUCCAUUUGGACUCGUUGUUGCCCUGGAUGACCAAGGUGAAGCCUCUGGCUCUCUCUUCUGGGAUGAUGGUGAAUCUAUUGACACUGUUGAGAAUGGAAUUUAUUUCUUCGCCAGAUAUACAUACAGAGAAGGUCACUUGAAGACAAGUAUUGUUGACAAUAACUAUCGGGGGGUCAAUUCUCUAUCAUAUGACAUGAUUCAGUUCCUUGGUGUGACCUCAAGACCUAAUGGUGUCACUGUGAAUGGAAAGAGCAUCCGCAGUAGUGACAUACAUUUCCAGGGAAAUGGGAAACUUAUUGUGCACAUUUCUGCACCACUUGGUGAAGAGCUGGACUUGAUGCUUCAAUAGAAUAUUGAAGAAAUCAAAUAAAUUGUUUUAUGAUUGUAUCUGUAAUUUGUAUGUCAUCAUGAAUUCUCAACUGAAUUAAAACACGUCAGUCUCUUGCA